AUGAAAGAGUAUUCGACCAAGAAGGACGUAUUCAGAAGACUCAGUAACUCUCCAACGAAAAACAAAGUUGCAAAGUUGUCAGUCUCGUCUUCAAAGGUACAAAAUUUUCCAAUCACAUCCAGAACUUCUCCCAUUAGAAACAUUAAAACUCAUGCAAGGCUAACUUCUCCAAAAUGCCUGAAGGAUUAUCAACCGACAAUGUUGGUUCAGAGCGUAGAUAGACACCAUUUUAAUGAGGGAAGAGGGGAUUUGAAUUUCCUCACUUCCCCUACUAAGUUUAAUUUGGAGAAAACUGUAGGUGGUGAUGGAUCAAGGACUAGAAUACGAUCAAGAUUUAAGAAUGGUUUGUUAUCUCCUGAGAGGUUACAGAAUGAAAGAGAGCAAUUAUCACCUUCCAAACAUAUACAGGGCAGUAAUUUAUUUACUAAACUGAAAAGAGAAGAUGAAGAAUGGGACAUGGAUAAAUUAACUGAAAUUAAUACUUCGCAUAACAAGAAAAGCGAGGACUCUCCAACUUAUAUUCCUCUAUCACCUAACAAGAAAAAUGUUAAAUUCGAAUUGCCAAUUACUACCAGGGAUCAAGAGAUUAAUGAUUCUUUAAAAGAUAUUAAAAGCAUGCUUAUCAAUGUCAUAAAAAAACAAGAUGAAAUGAAUUCAAGAAUAUCACAAUUAGAAGAUACGAUACGAUAUUUGAAAGGUUAA